ACACUCCACCUCUCUCUCUCCGCCGGAGGAAGCAAGAUUCCGUAAAAGAGGUACGCUUUUUUGAUCGGAACGGAACCCCCAUUUCUCUCUUCAUCGUGUUCUCUACCUCUGCGUCUACCACUACUCUCACUCUCCGUCCGUGUAUCCCCAUCCUGCGAUAAGACGACGAGAAAGCUGCCCUUAAAGAUGACUGUACAAAAGCUUUACGACAAAAGUGAAGUCUUCUCACUGAUUCAGCCGAUAGAAUACUAAAAGAAAGGCGCAAAUUGAAGCAGAAAACAAACCCAGAAAGCAUUCUGACUAGCGAAGUCUCUGAAAGAACCAGAUCUCUUUUUUCCAUUGUUUUACGUUUUUAUUUCACUGUGUUUCGGGGGGUUCUCUCCCCCUUGGAAUGUUCAGUCGGGUCUUCUUCCUGCCGUUCCUGGGGUUUUUGGGGGGUUUUUUUUUAUGCCUAUGCAUUUGUUCAAGGAAUCGAGUUUUGUGGGGAUUUUGGAGAGUUGGGUGUGCUUCAAGACGGAGUUUUGGGAUUGGUACUGAAGAUCAUACCGUUAUCUUUUGCACCUGUUCUGUUGGGGAUUUUUGUGGUUUGUGAUGGGGGGUCCUGAAGAGUUAAAAAGCAAGGUCAUUGAUGCGUCGGUCGGUGGAUUGGUUUGGGUACGCCGCCGUAAUGGUUCGUGGUGGCCGGGUCAGAUUAUGGGCCUUAACGAGCUCUCUGAGGGUUGCUUAGUUUCUCCCAGAUCGGGUACACCGGUUAAGCUUCUUGGCCGCGAAGAUGCAAGCAUAGACUGGUAUAAUCUUGAAAAGUCUAAGAGGGUGAAGGCAUUUCGGUGUGGGGAGUAUGAUGAAUGUAUUGAGAAAGCAAAAGCCUCUGCUGCAAGUUCUAAUAAGAAAGCAGUCAAAUAUGCUCGAAGAGAAGAUGCAAUUCUCCAUGCUCUUGAGAUUGAGAAUGCACGGCUAGGGAAGGAUAAUCCAAAUUAUUUCUCUGGAAGAGAGAAUUCUAGUGGUGAGGAUAGUGGUUCUGCCAGAGAAUCACCUACCAUGUCACAUUCUGCGAAUGAAAAUGAGGACAUGACUGAUGAAGGGAGUGAACCUGAAAAUGAUUCAGAUUCUGCACCAGAAUUAUCACAAUCUGGAAUAUCUUUCGAAGAGCCCAACCAAAUAGGUGCCUCAAGGGUGCAAGCUGUACCAGGAAGGAGGAGAAGAACCCCGAAUGACUCAGAGGAUGAUGGAAUUGAAGGGACCAAGAGAAUGAGAGGACUUAAGGAUCUGGGCAUGGGUGUGGUGUCAAAAGGAAAGGUCCAGGCAGGGGCAGUGCUGGAGCAUGUUCAACAAGACAAUGUUUCACCUCAUGAUUCAAACACUGGAAAUUGCAUGCUGAAUGGAAGUGCUGUGAAUGGCAGCAAGGGUUGCUCCUCAUCAUUGAAAAGAAAGAGAUCUCAAGUGGCAAAUGUUCAUGAAAUUUCAAAGAGGAAAAACCGUCGCCGACCGUUGACAAAGGUCUUGGAGAGUACUGCUAUGGUGUCUGUUCCAGUCAUUUGUAAUGAACAUCCAAGUUCAAAUGGUUCACCCCUUAGGGGACUUUCUGACAGCAAGGUUUCUGCAUUGGAUUCUAAUGAGUCAAGGAAAAGUUUUUCCAUGGUAAAUAACAAUAAUAAUUCAGACAGUACUGGUGUAUCAUGUGAGAAUGGUGUCUCCUUGAAUGCUUCUGAACACGGUGGUGACGCAUCUCAUGUUAAUAACAAAGCAAAGGACAAUGAGAUUUCCAGCAUUCCAGGGAUAGUUGAACAUGAUUCAUCUGACAGGUUAUUUGAUGUGCCAUUUGUUGGGGAAGAUAAACCCUCUGCAGAUUUCUCUCCUAUAUUUGUGUCUUGUUCAUCUGACACUCCUGAUGUUGGGUUGGGAAGGCAAUCAAGUCACAACAUUAAAGCUGCAAUCGAGGUACACAAUGAACCGGGUUCUACCAGGACAGCAGCUAUUAAUGUUAACAUUAUUCAGAGAAUAGAGAAAGGUACUUCAAAGUGGCAGUUGAAAGGAAAGAGGAAUUCAAGACAAACAAGUAAAAAUAGAAAACAGGACUCAAGAAAAUAUGUUGACAUGGAUGAACCAAAUGGUUUUUUGGCAGGUGUAGAGCAGUUGGAUGGAUUCCCUAGGCGUUCUCGCUCUAACCAGAAAGUUGAUUCCAGUGGAGUCAGUGAGCUCAUGUUGACCAACAAUUUCUCUGCACAAGUGAGGUCCAAAACAGUUAUGGAAGAGAAGGUUGAUGGAUUCCCUGAAUGGAAGUCUAUUUCUCGAGGGUCAACAGCUGAGGUGAAGUUACAUCCUGAUGGUUCUGUGGCCUCUCAAAGAUCACUUCCCCGUCAGUCACGCUAUACUGUUCCCUCCAGAUAUCAUACUGCAGAUUUUCCAGUUAGAAGUUAUUCUGGUGUUUCUUCAUUGUACGAUGUGAAGGUUGAGGCAAAUGCCAGGUAUCAGCCGCAAGAUGUUCCAUUGGUUUCCCUCGUGAGUAAAUUAAAUGGCAAAGCCAUUGUUGGUCACCCACUAGCAGUUGAGGUUUUGAAUGAUGUUCACUAUGGUAAUGAAUGCGGUGUGACUGAAGUUGAUCAAGUAGCCAAUCAAAAUUUAGAAAGAGUAAAAUUGCAGUCGCAACUUUCAUCAGGUAAAUCCCGAAAGCUAAGGAAAAGUGGGAUUUUGUCCAACAAAAAGAUUCGGAAAUUGUCUUCAUUGACUAGUCACAAGCUAGGUGAAUUGAACGGGAAACUGGUGAUGGAUAAGCAUAAAACUCCCAUCAUAGCUUGUGUUCCGUUGAAGUUAGUAUUCAGUAGGAUCAAUGAAGCAGUGAAUGGAUCUGCACGAGCAACUCAUCGUGCUGUAACACCUGGGAACUCAUGAAACUCUUAUUGGUGAAUGUGGUUGGUUUUCUUGGGGUUUUACUUAAUAAGAGAGCCAAGUCUUUUGUUUCCUGUUAAAACUUACUGGUAAAAUCCCCCUGUACAAUUGGUUUAUAGGUUUCUCUGGCUCUGUAUAUACAUGUAACACUAGCUGAGGUGUAAAGGUGGUCUGGUAUUAGGUAUUAGUGACCUGAUAUUAGGUUUUUAAUACAUGAAUGAUUGAAUUCAGGUGGGUUCAGAGGGGCUAAUAACUUAAAUUUUUUCAGUGUAUCUUUUGGAUUUGGACAUUGUUAGAAAUUUGUUCCAAUUUCUUUUGUGGCAUUCAGAUCUUUUCAUC